AUGGCCCAGGGGCUGAUGCCCGAGGCUGGCACGGCCGCCGGAGCGCGCGGGGACCUCGAGGACCGCGCGCGUCCGCGUCCGGAGGCGAUGCCGAGCGCGUACGGCGGGAUCGAAGCGGGCCGCCUGGUGGUGCGAGCCAAGCCGCUGCCCUCCGGCGCAGGCUACUACCAGCUCUUUGCCGUCGUCCGUUUCGAGGACCUGCCGGAGGAACUCCGUCGGAUAGCCGGCGCUAGCGGCCACGGGGUGCCGCCGCGCGGCCUCCCAGCGCCGCACCGGUGGCGGCGCCUCUGCGUGGCGAAGGCGAAGGAGACGCCCGGCGGUACCACGCCGCGCACCCCGUCGACGUCGUGCCGGAGGAGGGACUCCACCGCCAGCUGCCCGGAUUGGUUUCCUCCGGGACCAACGACGAGCCGACCGUCAAAUUCGCUGGCGACGGAAACAGCGACGCCGUCAAGGACUACUCCGAGUCCGAGCGCCUCAUCCUGCGGGUACAAGCUCUACCUGCCGCUCAUGGAGGAGGACGGCACGGUGGUGGUGCACCUGGACGCGUCAAGGCUCCAGGUGCUCGGCGACAAGGAGGGAAGCCUGUUCCAGAAGGAGAAAGGGUUCUCGCACGCUUGGAUGGGCCACUCUGGCGACGAGGUACGCGCCGCCCACGGCUAUAUGGGCGCGUUCUACGACAACAGCCUCCUGACGCGCGAGAACGCCGCGCCCGUCGUCGCGCUCCUCCUCGGCAACGACCACAUCGCUGGACCGCGCGCGCUCGACAGCUGCUCCGACGGCCUCGCGUCCCCACGAGAGGACGCGGUGCCUUUCGUCACCGAGCAGAGCGUCUACUACUACGACGUGCUCCUGCCGCCUGAGAACGUCGUGCCCGCCGCGGAGGCGUUACGCGCCCCGCGUUCCCCUACUUACGCUGUGCAGGUCUCGGUCGACGCGGCCGCGGGCGGCAAGGCCGGGGAUCCGCCUGCGGUCGGUGUGAAGGCAGCCGGCGCGGACGACGGACACGAACAUGGCGGCAGCCUCUCAGCUGUGUUGGGCAUCGUCGUUGCCUCCUCAGCUGCCACUGCACUCGCCGCCAGCACCGUCGGCCCAGCGGCGGCGUUCGGGAUGUUCGCGGCCCUUGUCGGCGGUCUUUCCCUGGCUAUGGCCAGCGUUCGCGGCCGGUAG